GCGUGUCAGUGGACUGCCGCACCAUCCAAUGAGGGCAGGGCACUUCCCUUCACCUUGCAAACACUAGCGGGCUAUUUCCUCUCUGCUCACUGUCCCCGGUGCUGAACCAGUGCAAUGUCCCGACUGCGACAUUAGCAAGUUGAUUUUUCCAUUUUCAUAAGCCUUAAGUGGUUUUUGUAUACGCUUUUCUUUUGUUUUCUUAGCAAACUGAACCGGAGUUUCGGACAUGCCGAACAUCGUGCUUUUUAGCGGGAGCUCUCACCACGACUUGUCCCAGAAAGUGGCUGAUCGGCUAGGGCUGGACCUGGGGAAAGUGAUCACGAAGAAAUUCAGCAACCAGGAGACGUGUGUGGAAAUCGGGGAGAGCGUGCGAGGCGAGGACGUGUACAUUGUGCAGAGCGGCUGCGGGGAAAUUAAUGACAACCUGAUGGAGCUGCUAAUCAUGAUUAAUGCCUGCAAGAUCGCCUCCUCGUCCCGAGUCACUGCCGUCAUUCCCUGCUUCCCAUACGCCCGACAGGACAAGAAGGACAAGAGUCGAGCGCCCAUAUCAGCCAAGCUGGUGGCAAACAUGUUGUCUGUAGCUGGCGCCGACCACAUCAUCACCAUGGACCUCCACGCCUCCCAGAUCCAGGGUUUUUUCGACAUUGCUGUGGACAACCUGUAUGCAGAGCCUGCUGUUCUGCAGUGGAUCAAAGAAAACAUUCCUGAGUGGAAAAACUGUAUCAUCGUGUCUCCAGAUGCUGGUGGAGCAAAACGCGUGACGUCCAUUGCAGACCGUCUCAACGUGGACUUUGCCCUCAUCCACAAAGAGAGGAAGAAGGCUAAUGAAGUGGACCGCAUGGUGCUGGUGGGCGACGUCAGGGACCGCGUGGCCAUCCUGGUGGACGACAUGGCCGACACCUGCGGCACCAUCUGCCACGCUGCCGACAAGCUGAUCGAUGCUGGAGCAGUAAAGGUCUACGCCAUCCUCACACACGGCAUUUUCUCCGGUCCAGCCAUCUCUCGCAUCAACAACGCACCGUUCGAGGCUGUGGUGGUAACUAACACCAUCCCACAAGAAGAGAAGAUGAAGGCGUGCCCGAAAAUACAGGUCAUCGACAUCUCCAUGAUCCUGGCUGAGGCCAUCAGGAGAACCCACAACGGCGAGUCAGUGUCCUACCUCUUUAGCCACGUACCCUUGUAAGAAAUCGAAAUGGGGUGGCCUCGGCCCUCUCUCCACACCCCAUCCCACAUCAGGCCACUCAACUGGCACUUCUGACCGCAUAUACCCAAGAAAGGCUCAGAACAGCCUCAUGGUUUUUGGCCGACUACAUUUGACUGUUUAAAGGUCACACCCCCACAUUGUCUUUGACAUUUUCACCCAGGAAACAGCAAAAUAUCACUUCCUUCUCUGAAGACUAAGUCUGUAUAUAGCAGCAUCUUUUUUUGUUGUCUUUUCUUCGCUCUUGUUUCAGUCUUGCCGACCUUGAACCCCCGAGGCCUGGCAUUCAUUUUAACCAGAGGGUCCAUGAUGUAACACUUUAUUUUUAUCUAAAUGAAACAUUCCACUAUGUUGUGUCAUAAGAAAAUAUUUGGCCCUUUCUGCUUCACACAGAAAUAAAACUAAUUUAAAUUGAAUUAAACUGUGGAAUGAGCACAUUUUCUCUGAGGUGUUCAAAGAAUGUUAAACUGAUCUCGUUACAGCCUAACCUUCUACUAGUUCACACUCUGUGGACUGUGUUCAUGCACAGUGCUGUCAUCAGGCCCGACUGUAGUUUAAAAGCUGCACCAUAAGUCAGAUUGUGUUGAUGUGACCUCAGAUACACAGAAGAGUAAGAUGGAGCACAGAUUUUAUGCUUUACUCACUCUUAGUUCUUAGUUGUUGUUUUUUUUGUUUGUUUGUUUUAUUUUUUUGUGAGCUGGACCAAAUGUGCAGUUGCCUCUUAUGCUGUGUCAUUUCUGCUAGUACACUGUUGUCACCCCUUGGUGGCACAUCUGUAAAACACCCUUCCCCUUCAGUAUGUCUAAUGGUUUUAAAAAUAUAAACAGUUUAAAAAGGUUCCUGGCUCGCACCCAGGUCAGUUGUUGAUUAACGGAGGUGUAGUAGCUGCUUUGCCAGUGUUCCUGAAGGUCAUUAGAACUAACUGAGCCCAUAUCUUAGUUACAGUGUAAAGCCAUGAGUUGUAAAAACAGUCACAGCUGUGAUGGCUCACAUUGUUUGAAUGAGGCAGGAUUCACUGUUUGGUGGAGAAAUAGUAGGUGGAAAAGUCUGAAUUUGAAUGUGCAACAAUUAAAGCUGUGUCUUAAAUAAAGCUUUGACAAUGGCGUACA